GGCAUAUAUACAAUUGUAAAAAUUAAUAUUAUAUUUGUUGAACAUAUCUUAUUUAUUUAUAAACUGUCAUUGUUUUGAUUUUCUUACGCUUGAACGUUCUAUUAAUCACACUUAAAUAGGAUUUUUAUGAAUUAGUUAAAAUUAUAUACAUAAAAAAAAUUAUGUGAAAUUUUCAAAAUGGAUAAUAUAGUACUAUUUAAUUGAUUGCGUUAAAAUCCCAAAAAAAUGGUCUUAAUGUCCUAUCUUUUGGAUAAUAAAGUAGUGUGCUCUUUGGUACACUAUUUGCUAAAAAGUAUGAUAUUAUGAUAAAUGCUAUAGCAGUGGCACAGGAAGCUAUUUAUGUUGAAUGUUAACAGCCAAUAGUUAGAAUAUAACAAUAUUAUCAGCAUGGAGAAUCUUUUAGUGUAUCAUGUUGACAUCGGUAGAUGGAUUACAUGUGACUUUAGCUUGCUAAAUAAAACAGUAUCUGAACUUAAACAACAAAUUGAAAAAAAGGCUGAUAUUCCACUCAACAAGCAGGUGCUGCUUGUUAGUGGUGGAGGGCAUUUAGAUCCUUCUAAACCAGUUUCGUGCUAUUGUGCAGGUACUGAUACAAGCCCAUUUUUCCUUUUUAGUAAAAGGUUAAUUGAUCAUCCUGAACCACCCACUGCUUAUUUUCAUAAUAGACCAGAUAUUGAUUUUAUGAAAGAACAUCAUGGAACACAGGGAAUGACACCUACAAUUGAAGCAUUAAAUAUUCGUGUUUCACUUGCACAACAAUUCAAUGAAAAUGCUAAGUAUAAUUUGAAUUCUAUAGAAAUGUUAAUAAAUGAUCAGCACAUGAUGCAUCAAGGUUGGUCAGCAGCUGUAGCAAAUAUGCUUGAUACUGUAGAAAAGUUUAAAUUUAAAGCUGAAAUAUUUGAAAUGGAUUUUAAACGGUAUUUAGAUGGCCGAGAUGAUAGCAUAAAUUUACUGAACAAUUUUAAUAAUAGUUUGGCAGAAAUAGCCAAAAUUCCUUUGCUACCAGCUCUUUUAGAAAAUAACGCAGAAGAGAGAGCACGUAUGGAUACUUCAAUAGUAAAUUUGAACAAUGUCAUGAAUCAAUCUUUACUUGAAUGGGUAACUGCUUGUCAAGGAUUAAACAAUUUAGAACAUAUAGUAGAACAUUGUGAAAGUAGCCUAAAACAAUUCGAUGAAAAUAUGUUAAAUAUGGUUUUACAAGAAGUUUCUACUAUGAAUGAAAUUUCUAGCCGUAGUGAUUAUUCAGAGAUUAAAGGGCUAGAGCAUAGAUUAUUUAAACUAGCCCAAAUGAUGGACGAAAGUAAAAGAUUAGCAGCUGAACAGACUAGUCUCUUUGAAGCUAUCAAAAUGAAUCAUGCAAGAGCUGCUAAUGAAGGUGAUAUGUCAGUUAUAAGUGUGCUCCUAGCAUCACAUGAUAAACAAUUGGAAAUGAUGAAUAAAAAUAAUUUAAGGUUAUGUGACAUAAGAAAUAGAAGUAUUAGAGCUAAGCAAGAAUUAUGUCAGAAUUUACAUCCUCGUUUAAAAUGGCUGAUUGUAAUAGAAAAUAAAGUUAGUGAUAUUGAAGCAAUAAUGUUAUUGUAUAGUGACAGCAUAAAAUUAACUCGUGAAUAUCUUGAUAUUGUUGAACAAUUAGAUAAUACUCCAAAAUUGUACUUUAAUGCUGUUGCUGAAGUUGUCAGAAGACGGAUCUUUUCUCAAGCAUUACUUAUUUGGUCUAGUGAUCUUGCUUGUCAUAUGAUGGCUCGCUAUUCUGAUGAAAUAGCCAAGCGAAAGAAUUUCCAAUCUCAAUUUGAAGGUCAUUUUUUAAAUCCAUUAUUUCCUGGAUUAGAAGAUAUGCCUCCACCAUAUGCUACACAAGCUCCAUCUAUAUUUGAUAAUAAUUUACCUAAGCUUUGCUUAGAUGAUCUGGAUCAAUUGAUUAAACAACUACCUCAAAUAGCUGAAAUAACAUCUGUGCCUAAUUUUAAUGCUAUUACACAAUUUUUUUUAUCCAAAUCAAUUCUUGAAGAUGGUAUAUUAGCAAUUGAAGGAAAUAAUGAUCAUAAAUCUGUAGCAAUGGAAACAAGUAAUGUUUCAUUAAUAGCUAACACGAACAAAACAGUUGAAGAAAAAUUAAAUGUUAUUAUGACUGCUGUUGGUAUUGGGUCGUGUCAAGAGGAAAUGCAACAAGAUUCUGAAGUUAUUAAAAGAACACACUCUGAAAUGGAAAAUGACAGCUAUAGUCCUGAUAGUAGUUCCAUGUUGCCCCAUAAAUAUGCUGGUAACACUCAAGAGUAUGCAGUUGAAUUAAUAAAAAAAAAUCUAUGUACAUUUGCAAAUCUAGCCAAUAAUUCUUUAAAAUCCGUACGAUCAGAUUUAGAUGAACUGAAACAUUGUUUCAUUGAUCAUAACAUUGAAAUGGAUGUGUUAACUAAUGAUUUAAAACUUAAACAUAACAUGCAAAACUGUCAACUUCAACAACUUAUACAAUUUGCUAAUGCUAGUAAUCAUGAGUUAAAUGAGAUGAAAAAUAGAAUUAAUGAAUUAGAAUCAUUAUUAGAAAUUCACAUUAAAAAAGAAGAACAUGAGCGCCAAUUGCGUAUGAGACUUGAAAAUGAGAGAGAUGAAUGGAUGCAAAGAGAAUUAGAACAUGCUCGAAAAGAAAUAACAAAUCAACUAACAAUAAUGCACAAGAAAGAACUAGAAAUGAUGCAAGUUCGAUUCAAAUUAGUCACACAAGCUACCAAUAUGGAACGAAGUUUAAGUGAACAAAAUUUAGAAAAAAACAAACAAAGACAUGAUGUUAUUGAGCUAGUUAAUCAUGAGGCUAUGAUGGCACAACUUAAAGAGGACCUAUUAAUAGAAAAAGAACAAGCUAUUCAAGAAAUUCAAAGAAUGUGUGAACAGAAAAUUUUGCGUGAGAGACAGCUAUUAUUGUUCAAAUCUGAUGAAAAACGUGAUGAACAAUAUCUUUGGAGUGAUAAAAAUCGUACAUCAAAAUACUUGAAGGAAAAAUGUAUGAAUGAAUUGAGAUUAUCGAGUAAAUCUGAGUUAGUUCCUAGAUCAAAUAGCAUUUCUACACCAGAUUGGGAACUUGAUAAUUCAUCAGCCACUAAUAGUGUUUUUGUGGAUCUUAGUAAAAGUUCAAGUUCUGAAUCUGAAGAAGGAAAACUUUCAAUUAUAUCGUGUAAUGUUGGAGAUUUUGUUUUAGUUAUUUGGGAUUCUACUUACAAAAAUUACAUUGUAUACCAAGAAAAUAAAAAAAAUAUUGUCUUUUUACAUCCAGAAAGUAUUGACACUUUAUCGUUAAAGCAUAACCCUGAUGAAAUUCCAGCUGUGCAACAUUUUUCUGCUGAAGUAUUACAUAAAGAAUUUUGCCAAGCUGUUAAAGAAGGAAAUAGGUAUAAAGUUCCAAGAGGAACAAAAUUCUAUCGAGUAAAAGUACAACUGCUUAAAACGUCAAAUAAUAGAAGAACAAUUUCUCUAUCUGAUAGUUCAUGUCCUUCAGUAACUUAUGUGUAAUAGUAAAAUUUUAAUCAUCAUAACUUAAAUUUCAUAAAAGUGAAAUAAAUUUUGAAAUGACUGUAGAGAAUAUUAUAAACAAAAUUUUAAGACCUGAUAUUAUUAUAUAAUCGUAAAGUAUACAUUUUUAUUACUAGACUAAAUUGAGCAUAACUCUAAGCAAUUAAUAAGUUCAAUUUUCUUUUUUUAAUUCAAUUACUGUUGCUAAUAUUUUAAUGUAAUGACAUAUGUUCAAUCUUAAAUUUAAAAUUAUAAUUUUUUUUUACAUAUUUUAUUGUUAAAAAUAUUAUUAAAUAAAGGUUUAUUUAUUAGAAUUUUCAGGCAUA